UGCACAUUACUUGCUGACAACGCGAAAUCAAGAUGAGUGUUUACCUCUCGUUUGGAAUAUUGGUACUUAUUGUUGGAGUUGGACAUGGAUAUCAAUUUCCUGGGGAUUUCUUGAAAUGCGGUCUGGACCAGGAAGAUCUUGACCAAUGCUUGAUCAAAGCUAUGGAAAUAAUUUUUCAUCAAUACGGCAAAACAGGUAUUCCUUCUUUGAAUCUACCAUCUAUAGAUCCCAUAGAGAUUCCCAAAAUGGAAAUUGGAGCUGGUACAGGUGCUGUCAACUUAGUGCAACGAUACCAGAAAGCACGUAUUUUCGGACUAUCUGACUCAAAAAUAGUUAGAGUACACUACGACCAGAAUAACAAGAUUCUGAAUUUCACGGCAGACUAUCCAGAACUCAGACAAGAAGCGAAAUAUAAUAUGAGCGGAAAAGUUAUGAUGCUGUCUGUGCAUGGUUUUGGGGACUCUAUACUCCGCUUAAAGGAACCAACCAUUGUCCACGUGGCUACGUUCAAAGAGAAGACCAAAAUGGGCAAAAAGCAUCUCCACAUUGAAGACUACUCAUUGAGGUUCACCAUCAAGGGCGCUCGGUACGAUUUCAAAAAUAUGUUCGACGGAGAUGAAAAACUUUCGGGCGUGGUUUCGAAGGUCCUCAACGAUAAUUGGAACGUGAUUUUUGAAGACGUCAGAGACGGAUACGAGCAAACGUAUGGGCUCGUAUGUAAAGCCAUAGCCAAUCAGUUUUUCGAUACUGUUCCCAUGGAGGAUAUUUUUCUCAAAUGAUUUCGUGAUUCAUGAAAUUGUAUUUGAUAAUGAAAUAACGAAUAAAUAUAGGGCAAGUCGCCAUCAGAGGUC